AUGGCCUCCUUCAUCGAGGAGCUCUGGUCCAGCGUAUUCACGCCUGGCCCAACGCCCACUCUCCUUGUAGCCACCAACGUUACAUUCGCCGCCCUCCAACUCGUCCUAUUCCUACUCCUCGUUGCGACAUACAGUAUCCACUUCGUGGUCCUCUCAUUCCUCUCUGGAGCGCUGUGGUGGUCCAUCAACUGGUUUGCCAAGGAAGUGCGUCAAGAACAGGCACGUCAAGAGGAAGAGAAAAGAAAACAGGAAGCUCUGGAACAGGAAUCAUCCGGGACUAUCAAACUGAAUACAUCGGCCGACGCCAAUGACUCCGAAACAGAGACGGAGGUCGGAGGGCCGUCAAAGACCAGGAGACGGCGAGUCAACCAGCCCGAAACAACAACUCUCUCCCCGGAAAGUGCAUCGCAGGCGAAGAAAUCGAGCGAUAACGGACCCGGUCAAAGGAAGACGAGUGAAGGGGAGAGCUCCGGUUAUACGAGCACAGAUAACUUCAACAUCUGUCAGAAGAACGAAACUCUGUUAUAUGCGUCGCCUCGUGAACCUUAG